AAUUAUAUAUUAAUAAUCUAUAUGUUAAGACAAAUCAAACAAGAUCACACAUGACUAUAUUUAGGCUUACACAUUGAGAGAAUUUGAUGAGUCAAAGUGCUUAGAUGAACAGUUCCAAAAGUCAAAACUGGACGAAUACUCCGGGACGGAGGCGGCCAGACCCCAAAACGCCUCGAUAUAUAUAACCUCUUUUCAGCCGUCAAAAAAGGCCGAUAAAGUAACAGAGAUCGAGAGCAAAACGAAGAAGAAUGCAACUCCCCACAGAAAUGGCCAUCACCGCCGUUUCCGAUGCACUGGCAAAACUCAAAUUAAACGACGCCGUUGACCCAUUCCACGACCUCGUCAUCGAACUAUCCUGGAUGAAGUGCUUCCUCCUCGUCCACGACGACGCCGGCCACCCGCCGCCGCCGCUGCAGGGGCCGAUGAAGAAGAUCGCCGACGUCUGGUCGCCCAUCAUCGAGCGCCUGGCCCUUCGCGCUCUAUAUCACCCCUCCUAUUGCGUGGCCGACGAUGACGACGGCCUCAGUUUAAAGCUUUCCCAACUCAGAGAAAGAAUCCAACCGUUCCUCUCCGUCUCUCAUGCAGGUACGUUUUUUGAACGUCCACGUACACCGCCAACUGAAGUUAAAGUGGAGGCAAAGCCGAAGAAGCCUAUUAAAGUGGCGGCCUGGGGCGGCCCAGGGGGAGAGAAAUGGAGGUUCCAUUUUGACGGAAUCUUGAAGCAGAUAACCGUCGUCAACGGUGAAAUAAUUGAUUCCCUUGCUUUUACUACCCUUCAACCGGAUGGUUCGUUGACGAUGUUAAAAGUCGGAGGGAAUGGCGGGUUCGAAACCCACGAGGUUAAAAUGGAUGGAGCCGUGGAAAAGUUGAGGGGAAUAAAGGGGACGUACGGAUUUUUCGGGUCGGAUGUUGUCAUAAUAAGAUCCAUUUCGUUUAGGACAAAUUUGAAGACUUACGGACCGGUUUUAAGCAUGUCUCCUCCCGUGGCCAUGGACAACGGAGAAAGGAGGGGCAUCGAUCGGAAAUUGCAACCUGGCCUUAAGCUUAGCCUCGCCCUAUCUGCCCGAAGCUUCUUCGGCAUCUCUCUAUCCAAGUAUUUAACCAAUCUCUCUGUUUUAACAUUCAGAUCUGAAUAAUCAGAAAAAACGGAAUAAGCAAGUUCCAGACUUUCGCUUCAGUUCUCCUAUUGUUCUUGCUGCAAGAAGAAUCAGCUGCAUAGGGCUAAUUUUCAACGCCAGGCUAGAUAAAUUACUGACCAUGCAUGCAACGCACGGGUACAUAUCUAGGUGAAGUAUUUAUAUCUUUUCUCUUCCAUGAUUGACGGUUUCACUUGGGCAUGGGAAAGGGCGCAUCCAGUAAUCAAAGUCGGCUACUUUAAUGGGAAGUUCAUCUAUUCAUCGAGAGUUGAAAACUCUAAAUAGCAUCGAGAGUUGUUCAAUCCACGCAGCCAUUUCUCACGCAGGGUUUUGAUUCCCUCUUCUCCUCCAUUAGGUUUUUGGGCACAGAGGAUUACGGUGGAUGAGGGUGCUGAAAAUCGAAGAUGGGAAGAAGCACGAUCGUUCUGUCUCCAAUUGUUUCAAGCCAACUUUAUUUUUUUGAUCGAAUUUACUCCUGCAUAUACUCACGGAGGCACACAAAAUGAUUGACAAAAUGCCCCAAUGAAGGCACAUCAAAUGUUUUGCAUUAUGUUGCAAUGGACCCCUCAAGUUUUUCUGCCAUAUCCAUUUGAACAAGAGUAGUGCAAGAUUGAAGGGACAAGAGUGGUGCAAGAUUCUUCAGCAGUAGUCAAAAUGUGUACCAAUGAAAAGUUUGAUGGAAAGCCCGUGAAGAUAGAGAUUCUUAGUAAAAAAAGCUGCGAUGAAAAGCUCCAGUAGGGUCCUUUGUAGGUUAGAAGGAAGGAGAUGUGGAUGUAUGAGUCGAGUUGGUGAAAAGAUGGGUUCAGUUAAAAUUCUUCUAGACAAGUAACAUUGUGAUACCUCUCAAGUAUCAUGUAGAAGUAAAUCUCCUUUUUUUUAUAGUGUAUGCCUCUCAGAAUUGACUUGCUGCAUUGGAGCGUUAAUAUUAGUCAAUUAUAUUAUGUAAUGAUUGUGCAUAAGCUUUGAGGCAAGCUUUAAGCCUUUAGGCAUUAGGCUUUUCUGUGUUUAAUAAUACUACAACAAUGUU